AUGCCUCCUAAAAAAGCAUUUAUCUCCAAGAGAGCGUGCGAUAUAUGUUAUGCGAAAAAGACGGUGUGCUCGGUUCCUGACCCCAAAGGUCCUUGCGAGCGUUGCGCUUAUCGCAACCUCGAGUGUACUUUUGAUCGGGAGAGACCUUCAAAGAAGCAGCGCACCGGGGAAUCAUCAAGCGACGUACAGACCCUACUGAAGCGUAUUCAGCAGCUCGAGAGUGCUCUGACCCAAGCUGAGCACAGACAGGAGUCGACGCGUCAAGAUUUGGCCGAUCCCAAAGAGUCCCGGAUCCCUGAUUCCUCAAGUGACGACUCCCCUCUGAUCUCCACCUUGCCAAGUGGCAGGGAGCAAGUCGUGUUUUUCCAAAGCUCUACAUCCUCAUUAGCCUCUCCGAAAACAGCCUCCGACACUCCUAAAUCUGCUACUGCCCAUGAUGACGGCGGGACCAGCGUGGGCACGUAUCAAUUGGGACCUAACUGGUUUUUCAAUGGUAUGCCCAUUUUCUCAGAAGCAGGUCGCCAGUGGCUCUCAAAAAGAACCGAUCAAGAUGUGAAAUGGGCCGAAUUCUGUGUCCCUAUGAUGGAGCCCUCGACUCUUUCAGCUCUUCCUUCAUUAUCCUUUCAAGAGGUCUGUGACUUACCUGACCAAAGUUCCACGCGAGGAGUUUUGAAGGAGUUUUUGCGGUCUCCAUUCACACUGACCUUCCCAGUCCUGGACCAAGCUUUGUUUGAGACAACUCUGCACACUGCGUACAAGCCUAUGGAUACAUAUAGGAUUACGCCCUCAGAAGCUGCAGCCAGGGCGUGUGUUUUGGCCGCUCUUUCUAUUGCUAUUUGGUCACAUAAUCCCCAUCAGAGCACCCCAUCGAUAGACCCAGGCGUGUGUGCGGCCAAGGCGAAUGCCCUUCUUAUGCACCUUACCGGUAAUAUCAGCUUAGAGACGCUUCAGACAAUACUUUUACUGACAUUUCGCUUCGCUCCGGAAAUCCCCCCCCUUCUCACUGAGGGUUAUUGUGACCUGACAGCGCCUGAUGUCGUCUCACAUUAUGAUACAUACUUACCAGGGCUGAAUUAUCCCUACAACGCUACUGAUCAAUCACGGGAGUACCUCACCCCCAAUUUCCCCGGAGAUCUUCGGCUGAGCUACCUAAAAGAGACUGUGUGCCAGCAACUCUUCUCUGCCCAAGCCUUGAAGCAUAACGAUGAACAACUUCUCCUCCAUAUCAGGAAACUGGACGAUGAAAUCGAGUGCUGGCGAUUAUCCAUCCCUGACGGUCUCCGACCUGCGCUUUUCGUCUCUCAUAAUACUUAUUCGUGUGUAUCCGAACAGGACAUUCCGCAAAUAAUUAGGCGCAUAUCCUUACAACUGGAAUAUCACCAUCUCAUGACUGUCGUCCACACGACAGUAAGGAAAUGCACUCCCGAUGCUGCUGAUGUGAUCGAGGAUCUUCACGCCGUAGUUCAUUCGAGCUUCGAUAUUUCUCUCGCAGCGAGCCGGUCAACGCUUUCAUGUCUGAGAGCUCUCGCCAGCAUAGUUGCAGAACAAGCAUUUCGGUUCCUCACAUCCUAUUUGACUACCGCCGUCAUGUCACUCUUCCUUAACAUCGUCAUUCAUCCCUUCGAUCCACAGGCGCAGAUUGAUUUGGAGCUUCUUAUGUCGGCUGCUAAUACACUGCGGUCCAUACCUGCGCGCCACAUGACGCAGGGUGAUAUUGCCCGUGUACAGGAAGAAAGCAAGUUUGUAAUGAGGCUAGUGUGGCUUGGAACCUGUGCAAUGGCCAAGGCAGACAGACCGAAGGAAGCUAAGGCCUCAUAG